UGUAGUUUUUACCUCCAUGCAUCGAUCGAGCAGAAAAGCCAUUUUCGGCAAUUUAAUAAUUGAGAAACAAUCUUCUGAGACAGUGGUCCUGUUAAUUUCAUAGACUGAGAGGGCUGAAAGAGGAUGGCCGAAAUUGGGUCACUUUCCUCCGCCAUCAAGGAGAUGCCCAAAGAUGAGGUGAUCAGACGAUUACAUCAAUGCGAUGCAUUGGAACUGCUAUCAAGAAUCCCACCACUUCAAGGAAGGAAAGCUGCCGUCUUGGUGCCUUUAUUCUACAAGGACGAUGAACUCUAUAUCCUGUUGACCGUUCGAUCUAAACAUUUGCGAGCCCAUGGUGGUGAGGUCGCAUUACCGGGUGGAAAGCAAGAUGAAACUGACGCAGAUUUCAAAGAAACUGCCCUGAGGGAAUCUGAAGAGGAAGUUGGUCUUCCUCAAGAUGAGGUCGAGGUGAUAUCACAUCUUGGUCCAGUGUUUGCGAAAGCAGGGACAAUGGUUGUUCCAGUUGUUGGUUUCAUCUCAAAGGAUUUCAGUCCUGUAGCGAACGCUGAUGAAGUUCAGGAUAUCUUUUGCGCUCCUUUGUCCCUUUUCUUAAAAGGUGACGAUCACUUAGGAAAGAACUAUGGAAAACAUCUUGUACAUUUUUUCAAUUUCUCUGACGGUGAGAAGGACUACACAAUAUUUGGGAUGACUGCCUUUGUGUGUAUUAUUGUUGCAACCAUUUGCUUCGCUAGAGGUCCUGAUUUUGAGAUGAGUCAAGAAUUCGACCCUGCAAAUCCAAUUAAAAUGACUGAACUGUCAUAUAUGAGGCGGGUUGCAAUUGCAGAUAAAGAAAGAAAUAAAGGCAAACUUUGACAUAAGUAAUUUGGACUGAGGCAUAUUACCCGGUUGGGAUUCGAACCCAUGACCUUUGUCAUCCUAUAGCAGAGUGUCUGUCUUUGUUUUAGCAGCAGGUACUGAUUUAACAUGUUAAGUUUGCCUUGUGUGUACAGAAUGUUAUUUGGUUUUACCCUUACUAAAAAGUUACUACACCAAACUGUGUUACCCAUACACCCUUAAAAGCUCUGUUUACUCGGUACCUUCCUGAGUUCUGUGAACAAUUCACACGUUUAUUACUCGGGCGGGAUUCAAACCCACAAACCAUGCCAUUCUAGAGCAGAUGUCUUACCAACUAGACCACACAACUCUGGAAAGU